AUUCAAAUUAGGUUGAAAGAGAAGAAUUUGAAUAGGAUUCAGAGUUGGAUUCACCAUGAAACACAUGCCCUUGAGUUGAAAGAUCAAGAAUUGGCUGAAAAGAUGGAAGAAAUUAAAGUCAAGGAACAUAAUUUGCAGUCCAUGAAGAAGGAACUUGAGGAUAGGGAAAUGGGGUUGGAAUCUUUAAAUAAAGAGCUGGUGAUAAAGGAAUGUAAGUUGGAUAACGUGAAGAAAGAACUGAGGGUGAAGGAGAAUAACUUGGAUUAUGUGAAAAAGGAACUAAGGGAGAAUGAAAAUAACUUGCAAUCUGUGAAAAAGGAACUAAUGGAGAAUGAAAAUAACUUGGAACCUCUGAAGAAGGCUCUUGCUGUUAAGGAAAGUAGGUUGGAUGGUGUGAUGAAAGAAGUAAGACUGAAGGAAAGUAAAUUGGAGAUAAUGAAGAAAGAACUUAGAGAAAAGGAAAUUAACUUGGAAUCUAUGAACAAGGAACUUGCUGUGAAGGAAAAUAGGUUGGAUAGUAUGCAGAAAGAAGUAAGAGUUAAGGAAAGUAAAUUGGAGAUUUUGAAGAAAGAACUUGGAGAAAAGGAAAAUAACGUGGAAUCCGUGAACAAGGAACUUGCUGUUAGGGAAAACAGGUUGGAAGGUGUGAAGAAAGUAUUAAGAGUGAAGGAAAGUAACUUGGACUAUUUGGAGAAGGAACUUAGAGAAAUGAAAAAAAAUUGGAUUAUGCAAAAAAGGAACUAAGGGAGAAGGAAACUAACCUGGAUU